AUGGAGUCGAUGAAGGAAAUGCAAAAGAAGAUGCUGGAGCCACGAGAGGAGGCUGGAAUGGUCCGAGGUGUGGAAGUGGUUCGGACUGGUGUCAUGGAGUUGCCAGCCCUUCAACAAUGCAAUCCAGCACAAGGACCUCUACAACUAGGAGAUUGGUUGUUGAUGAUCGAACCAGUUGCUGCUGACAUGUCCACCACAAGCCAAGAAUGGUGGGGCGAAAUGACCAAGGCAGUUGAGACUUGGUAUCAGCAGCAUAUGUCAAUGAACCCUUUGGAUCGAAUCUCUCAUGAAGUCAAGCCUCCUCCUCAGCUGGUUCAAGAUCGGUGGCAAAGACUGGAAAGGAGGAUGUCAACUAUGCUUCUUCAGGCAGUACCAGAAGGGGUGCGGGAUGAAUUGGUGGCUGGACGAAAAGUUGGAGUGUUCAGCAUCCUCACACACCUCUUCCUCACCUACUGUCCUGGGGGAGUCAUGGAGAAACAGAUGCUUUUGCGCAACUUGGAGGAGCCACCGGAAGUAUCCCAGUUGGUUGAAGCAGCAGCAGAAUUGAGGAAGUGGCUGAGGUGGAAAACACGAACAGUGGAGAUAGGGGCGGUGGUGCCAGAUGCGGCAUUACUUCUCAAGGGUUUGAACAAGAUGACAAGAAAGGUUUUAGAAAGCCACAAAGACUUGCAGUUUCGCAUACAGCUGGCGAGAUCAAGCCUUGGAGUUGAUACAUCUCCCACUGAGCUGACCGUCAGCCGGUUUGCCACCCAUCUCUUGGCCGAAUUGGACCAGGUUGCUUUGACCGAAAAACGUUCUGGAGGAGCUCCCAAAGUUGAAGGUCCAAAGCUGAAGUCCCUGGAAACAGAGAAGCAAGACAAAGGAAAAGGUAAGGGUCAAGAACGAGGUCAAGAAGAAGGUCAAGGCAGGCCGAGGUGCAAGUUUUACAUGUCAGAUGGAGGAUGCAAGAAGGGAAAGCUGUGCGGGUUUUCGCACGACUUCAAGGAUGAGAAGAAGAGGUGCUGGACUUGUGGAGCAGUUGAUCACUUCUCCCCAAACUGCAGUCGUCCAAAGGGCUCUACAGAUGGAAGUCCAACAAGGGCGAGGGUUCUGAAGACAGAAGGCGAAGGAAAAGGAGGAGUUCAGAAGGAUGUGGAAAGCUCAAGCGUAGCAGGAAGUGAGGCAAGCAUCAAGGAGUUGAUGGAGGAAGCCAGUAAGAUGUUGAAAAGUCUUACCAGCGCAAACACCACAUCCAGCAGCUCAACAACAACAGCAUCAACAAGCAGAGAAGAAGAAGGAAAGGAAGAAGUGAUGGAUCGGCUGCAGCAGCAGCUGAAUGCGUUGAGGCUGAAGACAUUGAGAUUGAGAAGGUUGGCAGGUGGAGGAGUGCAGGGACUGUUGGACUCUGGCGCGACAAAUCCACUACGACCACUGAAGCCGGGGGAGGAGACCACCAGCUACCGUCAAGUUGAAGUGGCGUUGGCCAAUGGUGGAAAGACUCAACUGGCGAUCACCCGUGGAGGCACACUGGUGAGUCCUGAUUUGGACAUUGAGCCGAUCGUUCCGAUGGGCUUGCUGAUUGGCGUUCUGGGCUGCAAAGCUACAUGGGAAGAGGGUGGAAUCACAGUCAUCCAUCCAAAGAUUGGCAAGCUGCCGAUCAAACAAAGUGAAGGAUGCCCACAGGUAUCACGUCAGUUGGCUCUUCAGCUCAUUGAGGAGAUUGAGGACAAAAAGCUAUGCAUUGGCGAGGUGGCAUCCGAUUUCACCAAAGAAGAGGCAUGGUUGGAAAGGCUGAUCAAAGAACACCCAGUGCUGUCUUCUUUGCCGUCUUGGAUUCAAGAAGGCCUCAAAUGCGAAGUUGGAGAAUGGAAUCACCUACCAUGCAACAAAAGGAUGAGAAAACGAAUGAAGCGAGAUGGCUAUCUUCUUCAUCUGUUUGCAGGUCCUGAUCAAGGCUUCACACUUCAUCGAGCUUGGCAUCAAGUUGGAGGAGAAGGUUGGCAGUUGUUAGAAGUUGAUGUAGAAAGAGGAGAAGAACAAAACCUUUUGAAGUCCAAGCUCUAUGGGGGGCUGAUGAGGACGGCAUUAGAAGGGAAGAUUCGAGCCAUCAUUGGAGGCCCGAACUGUCGAACAAGAAGUGUGCUCAGGCACAUCCCAGUUGAAGGACAUCCAGAAGCUCCGCGACCAGUGAGGCAGUGGGGCGGAGAAGAGUUUGGAAAGAAGGAUCUGACAGAUCAAGAACGAGAACAAGUCAGAGGAGAUGACCUGCUGAUGUGGAGGAUGCUCUUUCUGCAGAUGGUGCCAACAUAUGCAGCAAGAGCGAGAGGAGCAACGAAAGAUCCGUUGUUCAGUUUGGAACAACCUGCCAGUCCAAAGAGCUACAAGCCAGAGGUUGUGAGCUUUUGGGAUACAAAGGAAUGGCACAAGCUGAAGAAGGAGUUUGGAUGGUUUGAGGAGACGUUCGAACAAGGAAGUCUUGGAGGAAAGUCACCAAAGCCGACGACCUUUGGAGGUUCCCUCAAGCUCACGGUGGGGGAGUACAAGACUGGCGAUCGACGUCACCCAGAAAGAGUGAAAAGCUCAAAGGAGUUGUCAAGAUGGCCUCCAGCAUUGAUGAGGAUGCUGGCGACCGAGUUGAUGAAGCAGGUCUACAAGAUGGAUCCAAAGAUCAAACAGCUCUCUUGGCAGGAGCACAUAGCAUGUGGGCACAUCCCAUACAGAAGAGAUUGCAGAGUGUGCCAAGAAACAAAUCAACAAUGCGCGCCACACAGAAAGACGCGCCACGUGAUUGGAGGAGUGCUCUCCAUCGACACGGCAGGCCCUUUGAUUGGUGCCUACGACCAAGGAGGAGGAAUGGCAAGGUACUUCUUGGUGGGAGCAUUGACAUGGAGGGUGCCAAAAGAUCUGGAGAAGUUGAAGCAGCCGGCACAAGAGCCCUUAGAAGGAGAUGAGCCGAAGAUCGAAGACAAAGAAGAUGUAGAAGAAGAGGCCCUGGAGGAUGGAAUCUUUGGCGAUUUGCCACCAAUGGGUGCUGACAACAAUCAGGCACCAGGCGGUGAGUUGGCGGCUGAGUUGGGGUUGGGUGGAGGAGACCCAGUCCGCCUCGCUGCCCCGCCGCGGAGCGAUGAUGUGGCUGAGUUGGGGUUGGGUGGAGGAGACCCAGUCCGCCUCGCUGCACCGCUCCCGGGUGAAGCUGCCGCUGAGUUGGGGUUGGGUGGAGGAGACCCAGUCCGCCUCGUGGCGCCACCCGAAGAAAAAGGGCCAGAAGACCUUGAAGAAACAACUGAGGUGAGGGUAUUCAGGUUAGCCCUACCCAUGAUCACCAAAACGGCCCGAGAAGUGAGCGCGACAGCCAUGGAGUUUGUGCUGCGGCUCCGGGCGGACGGCUUCCACAUAGGCCGAAUUCACUGCGACAGAGGCCAUGAGUUUGAAGGAGCCUUCAAAAGAAUCUAUGUCACCAAGACAGCAGGAGACGAUCCACAGGGAAACGGACGGGCCGAAGUAGCAGUGAAGGCCAUCAAGUCCCAAAUCAGGAGGACACUUCGACAAGCAGGCCUUGAUUCAGCACAUUGGCCUUGGGCUCUGCGCUAUGAAGGGCAUUCAACCAAGCUGCACCCAUUUUACCAAGAAGUCAGAGUCAAGAAAAGAACAUGGAGAAGAGGAGCCUUCGAACCAGUGGUCGAGCGUGUCCACUACCUGUGCCCCUCGACAGAGGAUCAUGGGCACUGGGUCCAAAAGCAGGGAGAACCUCCACGAGUCACCAAGUUCAUCAUGGAGAAGACCACAGAGCCGGUUGAAGAAGGCGCAUGGAUAGCGCUUGAAGGACGCAUAGUGGAUCCAUGGAGCACAAGAAGAAGGCUGAGAGGAAAGACUGCGGUGAGGAGGGUUCAUCCUACGUUGGAUCAAGAAGGGGAAGAUACAGAAACAGAGAAAAAGAAAGAAGAGGUGAAACAGAUCUAUGCAGUGAUUGAGGAGGAGAUGAGAGGAAUUGUUGAUGAAGAUCCAGAAGUUGCAUCUGGAAUCAUACACGCUGUUGCAAGGCUGCGGAAGAUUGCAACAGCGAUAGAGGAGUCAGAAGAAGUACUCCAAACAAAGAUCAUUUCACCCAAGGAGGUUUCAAGAAAGUGGGGGGAAUGGCUGGAAUCUGUGGACAGCGAAGUUCAGUCGCUGACAAAAGACAAGCAGGCCCUCAAAGAGCUGACAGCAGAAGAACAUGAGGAGCUGAAGCAACAGGCAGAGAGAGAAGGACGGCGGGUAGAAUAUAUACCGUCGAAAUUGGUCCAUGUGGUGAAGGCAGGUGAAAAAGGGGGGAAAAAGAAAACAAGAUGGGUUGUGUGCGGGAAUUUUGAAGAAAAGAAAGGAGAAGAGAACUACAGCGGAGGAGCUGAUGCAACAGCUUUUCGCAUUCUCAUUUGGUGCUGCGGGAAGUUUCAAUGGAGGGCUCAAAUCAUUGACGUGAGAACAGCAUUUUUGAAUGCUGAUUUGGAACUCACCGAGGAAGAGAACCUUUUGUUGAUUCGUCCUCCACACAUCAUGAUUGAGAAGGGCUAUCUCGCACCCAACACCGUCUAUCUCCCUGUCAAAGCGAUUUAUGGUUUUCGCAGGUCACCAAGAUUGUGGGGGAGGCAUCGAGAUCAUCGUAUGCACCAGUUUGUCAUCAAUGCGAAAAAAGAAGGAAAGAACAUCGAGGUCAAGCUCUUUCAAAUGGGAUCUGAACCCAAUCUUUGGAAAGUUGUGCAGGUCAUGGGGGAGGAAGAGGAUGAGCUGGCUUCUUUGUCCAAUGGCAGAAUCCUUGGACUGGUGAUGACUUACGUUGAUGAUGUCUUCAUCGCUGCAGAAGGCGAUCUGGUGGAAGCCAUCACUGCGAAGUUUCAAGAAACAUGGACGACAUCCAAUCCAGAGGAGGUGUCAGAAAAGCCAACACGCUUUCUAGGCAUGGAGGUGGAAAAGAUCUGGUCUGAAGAGAGAGAGCGCUCUGAGUGGUUUGUAACUCAGAGUGGUUACAUCAAAGAUUUGCUUGAAAGAUAUGAUCAAGGAAAAGAAGAAAAAGAAAAGAGGAUUCGAAAGAUUCCAAUCUCAAGGGAUCUUGCCAUCAUGGAGGAGGAUUCACAACCUCCAGAUCUCAAACGAGCAGCAGAACAAACAAGAGACUAUUUGAGGGGAACAUGGGAUCAAGGUUUGAAGUUUGAAGAAGGAAAAGAGAAGGAGGUGGUCAUACAAGUUUGGUCAGAUGCAUCGUUUGCACCAGAAGGAGAAGAAUCACAUGGCUGCUUCACAGUCAUGGUAAACGACUCUGCAUUGCUGUGGCGCUCGGGGCGUCAAGCCUCAAUCACCUUAUCCACAGCUGAAGCAGAGUUGAACGAAAUCAUCGAGGCCAUGAAUGCAGGAGAAUCAGUGGCCACCAUCCUGUAUGAGUUGUUUGAUGAUGUGAAAAAGAUUGCCUGGUCAGACAGCCAGUCAGCUUUGUCCAUCUUGUCAAGUGAGGGCGGGAGCUGGCGCACACGCCAUCUUCGAAUGAGGGCAUCAUAUGCCCGGCAGGCAGUCCUUUCCGGGGAUUGGGCAGUUGGUCAUGUCCCAGGCGAGGAGCUGAAUGCCGAUUUGGGCACAAAGGCGCUGUCUUCCAACCGCAUUGACAAGCUCAAGGGUUUGCUGGGCAUGGCACAAAGACCAGAUGAAUCAAAAGAAGAAAAAGAAACGAAGAAGGAAGUUGGAGAAGAUCAAAAAGAGAAGGCAUCAAAUGCGUUCAAAGUAUCUCAAGCCGCCACUGCAGUCAAGCUGAUCACUUUGGCUGCCAUGAUUUCUGUUGGGACAUCAGAAGAAGAUGAGGAGGAAGAACAUGGAGCGAAAGAACUCAAAGUAAUGAUGGUUCUCUUCGCCAUCGCCAUUGUCCUGUUGACCUUGUUGGGUCAGAUUGUGUGGAAGGUAGGAGUAGGAAAGCUUCGCCAGGUCAUCAAUGAUCAAUCUGAAGGAGCCGACCGAAGUCUCCCUGCACAAGGAGAUCAAACAGGGGUUCAACAACGAGCCCGAGAAGCAGUCCGUGGCACAGGGGGUGAGCAGGGGUCGAGCGGCUCAUCUGAGCCCUUGGUCCGCCUCCCUCCUUCGGUCCGGGUGGAAGAGGAAAACACCACCCGACGGGUUGAGAUGGGGUUGGAUCAAGGAAAUCCAGUCCGCCUCCCUGUCCCCGAUGGAGAGACAUCAAGCUCCUCGGGUGGGCCGAGCCCGGCUGCUGGAAGCAUGGAAGCUCGAAUUGAAGAAGAGCUGAUCAGAAUCAUCCAAGAAGAAGCAGAAAUGUGGAGAGAAAUUCGACAGACUCCGCUACCACCAGUGAUCAUCGAAGAAGUGGAGGAGAACGAUGCAGAAGGACUGCGAUUCAACGUUCUUCGAACAACGUAUGGUGUGGUAUACCACAGUGAUCGAUCCUGCAGGCAUCUACAAGGUCCACGAGUCGGACAGCCCCGACCAUUCAAAUGGUGUCAGGUUUGCAGAAGGGUUGCCUUGCAAACGAGGGGAAGGCCACCACCAGGGACUUCACUCUAUCUUUCUGUAACUGGCACCGCAGCACACUCAGAUGAACGAUGCCCAUGGAUCAGAGAAGGAAAAUUGACCCCGUUCUGUCAAACGUGCCGAGAACGAGAGGGGUAG